UGUAUGGGAUGAUGAAAUGAGCGACCCUCCUGUGCGUACCUGAACGCCUCCCAGACGCGCCUGAGGCUGCUGGUGUGACGGACCUGAAGAACCAGCUCCCUUCCGACCUCUCCUCCCUCCUCCUCCCCCUUCCUCCCCUUCCUCUUCUGCUCUCUAUCGACCACACCGACCGACUUGCGAGGACGGGCCGCCCCGCCGACUCUUUUGAUGAGUCAGCACUUCCAACUGACAAAGGGAAACUCCCUCACAAGCCAACUUGUUUUCUCGCUUCUACGUCCUCUCUCCCGGGGUCCUUGUCGCCCCCCCCACCCAUCCUUACCCCCCACGACUGACACGCAAAUGGAACUCAGGUGAACUCCGGCAGGUUUUGGGCCAUGCGGGUGGGCAACAGGGCGUUUUUACGCACAUUGACUUCCAAAGCCGUUUGCUUAAAGAUGGUCUUUUGGGACGGGGGGCAUGACAAGCUUUGUUUCUAGAGGAGGACGGUAAAGGACAAGCAUGCAGACUUACCCGGAAAGCAUCGCCUUUCUGGGGCAGUUUGGCCGCUUCCAGCAGAUGGUCUUCUUCCUGCUGUGCAUCAGCAUCGUCCCCAACGGCUUCGGCGCCUUCACGCUGGUCUUCUUGGCGGACACGCCGAGUCACCGCUGCCGGGUUCCGGACGUCAACCUCACCGACGACUGGCUCGACGCCGUCAUCCCGGUCCGGGUGGUCAACGGCAACCCGGUGCGCAGCAGCUGCACCAGGUACCGCCUGGAUGUGGUCCGGAACCUGUCGGAUCAGGGGUACAGUCCGAAUCAGGAUGUAAACCUCACCGCCCUGGAGGAGGAGACGUGCAAGGACGGCUGGAUCUACAGCAAGGACAUCUACCAGUCCACCAUUGUCACCGAGUUCGACCUGGUGUGCGGCGACAAGUGGAAGAAACCGUUCACCACCACCAUCUUUUUCGUGGGCAUUCUGGUCGGAUCCUUCUUCGCUGGACAGCUCUCAGACAAGUGCGGCAGGAAACCCAUCCUCUUCGCCACACUGGCUCUCCAGACCAUCUUCACCUUCAUUCAGGUUUUCUCCGUGUCCUGGUCGAUGUUCACCGUCCUCCUGGUCAUCAACGGCCUAGGACAGAUGUCCAACUACAUGGCUGCUCUGGUGCUAGGGGCAGAGAUCCUGACGGGCAACGUCCGCCUGCUGUAUUCGUCCCUGGGUACUUGUUUUGGUUUUGCUGCAGGCUACAUGCUGCUGCCUCUGUGUGCGUACUUUGUGAGGGACUGGAAGUCGCUCUUGCUGGUGUUGUCCGUACCCUGCGUGGCCUUCUUGCCUUUCUGGUGGUUCAUCCCAGAGUCUCCCCGGUGGCUUCUCUGCCAGGACCGAGUGGAGGAGGCGGAGGACAUCAUGAGGAAGGCGGCCAGGAUAAAUAAAGUCCAGGCUCCUGGUGCCAUCUUUCAAGGCUACAAUGGGGCAAGGGCCAAGACGGACCCUAAGGAACCCCACAGCAUCUUGGACCUGGUGAGGAAUGUCAACAUCGCUGCCAUGACUGUCGUUCUCUGCUACGUGGCUUUCACCAUGUCGGCGGGAUACUACGGCAUCUCCUUCAACACGACGCAGCUCCACGACAACACCUACGUCAGCUGCUUCAUCUCGGCCGUGGUGGAGCUGCCGGCGUACGUCUCCAGCUGGCUGGCGCUGCGUUACAUCCCGCGGAGGCUGUCGGUCAUCGGCACCUUGGUGCUCGCCGCCAUUCCGCUGUACCUCAUGCAGCUGGUGCCCGAAGGUUAUUUCGGCCUCUCUCUCUUGUUGGAGAUGGUGGGCAAAUACGCCAUCACCAUGGGUUUCGGCCUGAUGUUCGCCUACACCACCGAGCUCUACCCGACGGCGCUGCGGAACACGGCGGCCGGGAUCUGCAACACUGUGGCACGGCUGGGAAGCUGCAUCACACCUUACCUGCUGGAGCUGGGGUCCUACUCCAGGUUCCUGCCAUACAUCAUCUUGGGGAGUCUGGCCAUUUUGGCUGCCUUUGCCACAAUUUUCCUCCCGGAGAGUUUCGGGCGCCCUCUACCCGACACCAUGCAGGACAUGCGCAGGAGAGAGCGCAUCAACUGUCCCUGCCUUCCAAAAGCCGAGACUCCUGUGACUGUGGUACUCAUGGACAACCCCAAAGCAUAACGUAUACUGCAUGCAACUACUCUACUCAGGGUGUCACUAAUGGUGCCACGUAAUCAUGGUCCGGUACGUACAUGUGCCUUGCUUUUAGGGUCAAGUGGGGUCCUUUUUGGGUAUAGUAAGAGAACAAAAACAGCAAAACAUGAAACCAUAGUUUACAUUUGUAAACAUGCUUCUAUGAAUGAAAGCCAACCCGGGAAAACAUUACAGAAUCGUUCAGUUCAAUACUUGAGCCUUUUUAAUAAAAAGGAAUGAAUGCGCUGCAGCGAUACCUGCUGUGCAUUCAUAAAACACUUUUUACAGCACUUUUGGAAGUGGCAAUAAAGAUAAUUAAUCAUCAUUAUCAAACGUUCAACGGCAUUUCGGUUUCACCACCACACGCGUUGUUGUGUUGAAGUUCAUAGUGGUCAUGUUCGCACGGGAUGAAUAUGAACAGGUCACCAUUUCAAUUUUCAACUUGUUCAAAGUCGAAUCAAAGAUUGACCUUGUUUUUAACGAGAACUAUGACAUCCGUCACCACAAUAUUGAACAUCAAGUGUUUUUCUUUAUUUAUGCUUUUUAGCUGUGCAUGUUUAUUUCUUCACACCCUGCAAAGAACAAACAACAAAUUAUUAUAUUGCUAUUUUAGCAAAAAACAAACCAAUCCUAAGUAAGUGUAGAAAAACAGCCGCUACAAAUGCACUGAGGACUUUUAUCAUGUGAAGAGUCACAUUGUCCCAUAUUGGAUGCACUUCACUCUAUCAUAGUGUUUCAACAUAUGUAUAUUACUUCAUAAGUCAUUUGAAAUUUGGAUAAUUAUGUUUUAAAAUUUGAAGUUGAG